UCUACGAAUCGUUUCCCACCGAACGCCCUGUUUUCGGAAACCGAAACUUCCUGGCCGUCCGGGGAACCUGGUCGCUCAACGACCGAAUGUGACGAGAAGACGCUCGAAUUUUUCCUGCAUGAUAGUGUGGGGGAUCCUGUGAAAGCCAUCAUAGAAGAACUCAAACAGGAGAAAGAGGUCAGGAGGCGGUUCCAGAUUGGAGAUGGUGUCAUCUUCGAGAACCACCCGCAUGCCCUCAGUGACGUUGCGGAGGAAGCCAUCGAAGGGGAGGCACAAUCAACAGCACAGCGGACGCCGGGCCAUCGAAGAGAUUUCAAACAUCUGCGACCGGAUUAG